GUGAAGAAGGCCGUAAAGCAAAAAGUUUUCGCGCGAAGGAGAAUCUGGUAUUCUAGUUUGUUCGAGAUGGUUAGAAUUCAGGUGAAGCACGGCGGCGGGAGUGAGUUUCUGUACGAUACUGAAUCCACUUCGUCAGUGGAGGAAAUCGCCAAAGACGUAACAGAAAUUGCAAACCUUCAAUCGAAGAUUGAGCGUCUCUCUCUCCAGCUUGAACCUCAUCUCUCUCCACUUCUUCACAGCGAUUCGAAAGUGAUGGCUCUCGCUCGAGCUCUCUCAGAAGCCAGGUCCUACGCUUCCAAGAAUCAGGUUAUACAUAACAAGCCUUUAUCUAUUUACGUGUUAAGAGACCACAUAAGGAGUGUUGAGAAUGCAUUUGCGGAAGCAUAUUCUCUAUUUGGAUUUUCAAAUGGCAGCUUACAGAAUUUAUUUCCAGAUUUGGAGCUUAUUCAAGAGCGUACAAUACAGCUCUGGUGGGCAGGCAAAGAGUUGGAAAAGGGUAAAAAGUUGUGUGACUAUAUUGGGAAAAAUGAGAAAACAAAGGUUGUAAUCAGGCUACAGUCACCUAUGAUAUCUCCUGCAUCAAUUACAGGUGGAGAAAGCUCAUGCAAAUAAGAUUUUGUCCCGGGAUUUUGAAUGGCCUUCUAUUUGUUUCCUUGUUGGUGUACUUUCCUCCCUGCAGUCAGCUCUGGGCACUACACAAUUUACUAAUGCUUGCAGUAAUUCAAAUUUCCCCAGCUUGUAACAGUAUAUUACUCGCAAUUGCGAGUGAUUACGUAACAAAUAUCUUACUUAUGCAAGUUAGAUGAAGCUAGAACCCUUGGAUUCCACCGCUUAAUGCUACACAAUUAUUUCAGCACGUACAUCUCAUUAGAUUUCUAUCUAUAGAAUUUUCAACUUGUUGGACACUGAGUCUUUCAUUUCGAGCUGAUGUACUUAAAUUUGAUGUUCUAGUUCAAAUAGAUUGCAUUGUGUUAGAGGAUCUCUUCUGCUAGCUGAUACUGAUGAUAUAUAUGUUUUGAGUGUCCUGUUCCUAUGGUCCA